AUGAUGCUUGCUGCUGCUGUCUGGAAUAAGUCCCCGGAGCUGUUGGCUGCCGAUGGCUGGCUGAUUCACCGGAAGAGAGCCACCGCAGAGUUGGACAUGGGAAAAAACGAACACCUAAGUGAAUAUAGGAGUGAGUUAGCCAUUCACAGACGCCAACUAUUCGAGGACUUUUCCAGAAUGAAGUUAUUUGUUCGGAGCCCUGCCAGCCCUCAUCCUGAAAUUAUCAUUAUCAGUGAUCAAGAUGACGAUGACACAGAAGAGUGGACUGAGGACAUCAAACCUCAAGCUGACAUGUCUGAGCAUUGUACAAAUUCACCAAUGCACGAUCCUUCGGAUAUUUUCGAACUUACUCAGCAUGAGAAAAAUGGUGGCGAGGAAGAAGAUGAGCCUGAGCACUCUUCGAUAUUCAACAUGAAUGUUUGUCACAUUUGUGGAGUGAUUGAAAGGCCAAUUGAAACUAUCGAAUAUAAGUUCUCGAAGUUGAGUAAGAUAUCAAAAUUGCUUGGAAGAUCAUCCGGUCGCUCACACAACGUCCAGAUUGUAGAGGAGAGGAAUACAAUAGAAGAUCCAGAAGUUACAAAUAUGAGUUCCAGAGACAAAAAAAGGAUGAAAAUGGAUCAAGGAGUCGAAUCCAAUGAAAAUGCAUGCUCGAACUCAAGGGGAUCCCAUUCCAACUUUGUAAAUGACCGUGAAUCAAUAGCCGCAGGAAAGAUUCAGGAAGGGUUGGAUGAGGGAAAAAACAAACACUUGAGUGAAGGCGAGGAUGACGGCUCGGAUGAUGAAAGUGAGCAGGAAAGUGAAGAGGCUCCGGAUGCCAGUUCCGAUGACCUGGGUGACCCGUGGAGAGAGAUGGCAGUUGCAAUGGAGUGUGCGAAGGAUGUCUUCAAACCUACUCUGCAUGAAAAAAAUGACGGUGAGGAUGAAGAAGACUGUGAGCAUUCAUUUAUAUUCAAAGAUGAUAUAGGGGAUGUUUGUCGCAUUUGUGGGGUGAUUAAAAGGCGAAUCGAAACGAUUAUUGAAUAUAAUUUCUCCAAGGCCCAGACAAGUUCCCGAACUCGAAGAUAUGGAGGGUGGAGUCCUGGAGAGCAUGAUCAAUCAGAAACCUUGCCGGAUGGUUUAGAUUUACCCAAUAAUAAUGAUCUUGUUGCUGCUGAUAUGCAUCCACACCCGCGACACCGGAGGGAGAUGAAACCUCAUCAAGUUGACGGAUUCAAUUUUCUUGCGAACAAUGUAAUGUCUGAGAACCCUGGAGGUUGUAUCAUGGCUCAUGCUCCCGGCUCCGGUAAGACAUUCAUGAUCAUCAGUUUCCUUCAGAGCUUCAUGGCGAAGUAUCCUGCUGCUCGGCCCCUGGUUGUGCUUCCCCGCGGGAUUCUGCCCGUCUGGAAGAAGGAGUUUCUUACAUGGCAAGUCGAAGAGAUACCCCUCUACGACUUCUACUCAGUUAAGGCAGACAAUCGUGUUCAGCAGCUUCAAGUUCUGAAGGAAUGGGUCCAAAUGAGGAGCAUUCUUUUUUUAGGGUACAAGCAGUUUUCUUCCAUCGUCUGCGAAGUUAAUGGCGGGCCAGCUGCUUUGGCUUGCAAAAAUUAUUUGCUUAAAGUCCCUUCAAUCGUCAUCCUCGAUGAAGGGCAUACACCGCGGAACCCAGACACCAAUAUUCUGAGCUCUCUUGGGAGCAUUGAAACCACAAGAAAGGUUGUUCUUUCGGGUACUCUUUACCAAAACAGCAUGAGAGAAGUUUUCAGCAUUUUAGAUCUGGUCCGCCCGAAUUUUCUGAUGAUGAAAGAUUUUAAAAUAAUUUUGAGGCGAAUGAUGAGCAGGGCUGAGGUUUCUACUAGAGGGAGUCUGAGAAAACUUGGUAGCGGCAAUGGUGGCUUCUACAAGACAAUAGAAGAUUGCUUGAUAAGGGAUGAGAAUCGCAGCCGGAAAGUGGCUCUGAUACAAGAUUUGCGCGAGAUGACUAGGAAGGUCCUGCACUACUACAAGGGGGACAACCUCGGAGAACUUCCGGGACUUGUAGAUUUUGCUGUCUUCCUCAAUCUCACUCCUGCUCAACAAUCAGAAGUUGAGGUGACGAAAAAUUUGCAGAACAGGUUCGCAAUUAGUGCACUCACAAGUCCCUUUUACGUACACCCGUCCCUGAAGGAGCUCGCGAAGAACUCUGGUGAAAGAGGCAGAGUGGACGAGGGGGAAAUUCACACAUUACUAGAGAAGCUAGACAUUCGUGACGGGGCAAAGCUUAGCUUCUAUAUAAAUCUACUCCAGCUCUGCGAAUCCACCGGAGAGAAGCUGAUUGUGUUCGGAAACUUUCUGUUGCCCCUGAAAUUUCUGGAGAUAAUAACCAGUAAAUUGAAGGGCUACAGUGUUGGCCGCGAGAUGUUUGUGAUUACAGGCGACUACGACGCAGAUGCUCAGGAGUCUGUGAUGGAACAAUUCAAUCAGUCCCCGGCAGCCAGAGUCUUCUUCGGUUCUGUCAAGGCAUGUGGCGAGGGAAUCUCACUCGUCGGGGCUUCUCGCAUUCUCCUCCUCGACGUUCACCUGAACCCCUCGGUGACCCGGCAGGCGAUAGGAACGGCGUUCCGGCCGGGACAGACGAGGAAGGUUUAUACUUACCGGUUGAUCGCGACUGGCUCACUUGAAGAGGCGGACCAUGCUGCAUGCUUCAAGAAGGAAUCCAUCGCCAAGAUGUGGUUCGAAUGGGAUGAGCUCAGGGGUCAGGACAACUUAGAAAUGGAGCCUGUCGAUGUCGAUGCGUGCGGAGACAUGUUUCUGGAAACUCCACUGUUGAAAGAAAAUGUCGCAGCUGUCCACCGGAGGUGA